UAAAGAGCAAAAAUAUAUCAGCUACAUACACCUUGGAAACUUGCAUAAGAUGGCAACUGGCGACAUAGAGAACAUUGGUAGACACUGCGAACUAGAAUACUGUGGGCAGCUAGACUUCCUGCCAUUCCCAUGCGCGAGCUGCAAAAAGCACUAUUGUCUUGACCAUCGAUCAGAGUACGCGCACAAGUGCCCGAAGGAGGGAAAGGCCGCCAAAGAUGCCCAAGCCGCAAGGCUUGCAGAGCAGCAGGGCAGCAGCACAACGGCCAGCACAACGUGGCAAGGGAAGCCCAACAUAUUACGCUACGAAGGGCAAUGUUCGAAGCCAUCCUGCAAGACCCUCAUCGAUACAAGCCGUGAGCAGGGUGUGGACUGCCCACGAUGUAACCACCGAUACUGCCUGUCGCACCGUCACGAAGAGCAGCAUGACUGCAAGACCCUUCCACCGAUCGGCGCGCGGCCAUUCACCGUAGGGCAACGAACCCAGUCAGCGCUCUCGAAGCUGAAGCUAUGGGCAGAGAACAAGCGUAAGGACGACGAGAAGAGGCGCGCCUGGCCUAAGAAGUCCGGCCUUCUCGGCUUGGGCAAGAGCUCGAACUCAAGUGCAGCAGUAUCAGCCCAGGUUGAGCUGAACGCGCUGAAGCGGGCAGCGAAGGGCGACGCAAAGGUGCCACAAGAGAAGAGGAUAUACCUGCACGUCGAAGCAUCGAGCGACACCACCAAAGCUAAGUUCCCGACGGGAAAGUUCUUCUACAGCAAGGAUAUCAGCGUGGGUAGGGUGCUAGACAUGGCAGCGAAGGCGUUGAUGGUCGAGAACGUGAACAAUCGCAGCGAAAGAGAAGAAGACAAGCUGCGAGUGUUCCACGUGGAAGGAGGACGGCUGCUGAAGUUCAGCGAGAAGAUUGGAGACGCAACUCAGAGUGGUAACAUGAUUGUCCUGCUGAGAGGUGUUGGAGACGGAGAACCUGAUCUUAUUGAUCUCUGAGACUCGACGAGGACGUUCGACGAUGCAUUCAGCAAGGCGCAAAAAGAUAAUGCAUGUUUAGAGAGGAAGAUACCCAAUUCACAACGACUCAUGAUAGCAUUCACGGCGCAUAGCUCUGAAUACAUCAAGUUUUGCAUUGGUUUUGCAGCUUCAAGUUCAUUGAUUGAUCGAUUGAUCGAUUGAUUGGUUUUAACGUCCUAUGUGAGUCUGAGACCAUGGAGGAUGAGAGGAGCUACUGCCCCUCUGGUGAUGCAAGGGUUUAGUUACAGGAGGUCGGGUUCUAUGAGACUACAAAGGAUGGUGAGGGCUUUUGCCCUGUGCAGCUCC